CUUGGAUCAACGACAGUAAACUGAGAGGCAACCCUUUGAGGGAGCGAAUAUAGAUUGGUUUGUAAAAACUGAACCAGAAGUUGUUGCAGGUAGAAGCCUGGGACUCCGAUCUGAAAUGUUCUCUCGGCAACAGUUCUUGACGGGGACGGGAAAUGUUGCUAUUCCGCGAGCAGCGGCGGCAAGAUUGACAAACCCGUGGCUGGACUGAGUGAAUGCAGGGGAGGCUGGAGUGAACGGAGGAGGUGGUGGAGGUUCCUUGCACUCGGUUGCAGAGAUGCAGCCUGAGCCGUGGAUUUUUUCCACCAUUUUCUGUUCGCCUGCGGCAAAUAUCGUCUCCUGUGUUGUAAAGUGCGUGGGAGUGCCUUGAACCUCGGAGAUGCUGUCUAAAUACAAAUCUACACGGAUCGCCUGAUCUGACUUCCAAUGUCUGCAGGUGUCCAUUGUAUCGUCUCUUCAGUAAAGUUUAUUCUGCAAGAACGAGUUUGGCCUGCAGCAAGCAGCGACAUAUUUAUUAUCUCUGGACUACAGGCUGACAAGGGUGCCCGGGGCAAUUGCUACCGAGCCAAGUGGAACUGUGACUGUGCUCACCACAGACUUUCCUCCCCCUCUCACCUCCUACGGAGCAGAAGGAUGAAGCCCGGAGACGGCCAUUUUGGCUGCAUCCUCACCAUUGCCACGAUCUUCCUGGGACUCGGCGUCACCAGUCAGUCGGAAUCCUCGCUGUCGUUGCCCAGGCCCCGACCAACGAAAAUGCAAGAAGCCCAUCGACGCGUGAAGAGGGGCUGGGUCUGGAAUCAGUUCUUUGUGCUGGAAGAGUACACUGGAAUGGACCCAUUAUACGUGGGCAAGCUCCAUUCUGAUGUUGACCGGGGUGAUGGCUCCAUCAAGUACGUGCUUUCAGGAGAAGGGGCGGGUUCCAUCUUCAUCAUUGACGAGAGUACGGGGGACAUCCAUGCCACCAAGCGGCUGGACCGCGAGGAGCAGGCGUACUAUGCUCUGCGGGCCCAGGCUGUCGACCGCCUCACCAACAAACCAGUCGAACCUCUCUCCCAGUUUAUCGUCAAGAUUCAGGACAUCAAUGACAACGAGCCACGGUUUCUGGACGGACCCUACCUCACCAGCAUCCCUGAAAUGUCUCCUGUGGGGACCUCAGUGAUACAAGUGACGGCCACAGAUGCAGAUGACCCAACCUAUGGAAGCAGUGCCAGGGUGGUCUACAGCAUUCUGCAGGGACAGCCAUACUUUUCUGUGGAGCCAAAGACAGGAAUCAUCAAAACUGCUCUCCCUAACAUGGACCGGGAGGCCAAGGAUCGCUACCUGCUGGUGAUACAGGCUAAAGAUAUGGUGGGUCAGAUGGGAGGCCUGUCUGGAACGACAUCGAUCACCGUCACUCUCAGCGAUGUCAAUGACAACCCGCCACGCUUCUCCCGCAGGUUUUAUCAAUACAACGUGCCUGAAUCCUUACCCGUGGCUUCUACUGUUGCGAAAAUAAAAGCUCUUGAUGAUGACAUUGGGCCAAACGCAGAAAUGGAAUAUCGAAUCAUUGAUGGCGAUGGCCUCUCUAUCCUUCAGAUUUCCACCGACAAGGAGACUCAAGAGGGUAUCAUUACGCUUCAGAAGGAACUGGAUUUUGAAAAGAAAUCCAGCUACAACCUGAAGAUUGAAGUCUCCAACGCAAACGUGGACUCGCGUUUCCAGCCGCUGGGGCCGUUCACCGACACGGCGUCGGUGAGGUUGGUGGUGGAGGAUGUGGACGAGGCUCCUCAAUUCAGCUCGUCACUCUACCGGAUGUCGGUGUCCGAGGCGGCGAGGGCAGGCACAGCCAUCGGCACGGUCUCUGCCCACGACCCCGACACGACCAACAGUCCCGUCAGGUAUUCCAUAGAUCGCAACACAGACUUGGAACGAUAUUUUAACAUUGACGCCAACACAGGAGUGAUCACAAUCGCUAAGUCAUUGGACAGGGAGACAAAUGAGGAGCACAACAUUACAGUGUUAGCCAUGGAGAGCCAGAAUCCCACACAAGUUGGAAGGGGAUUUGUUCUCAUUAGCUUGGUGGACGUCAAUGACAAUGUCCCUGAAUUUCCAAUGGAGUACGAAACAUUUGUUUGUGAAAACACCAAGCAUGGCAAGAUAAUACAGAAGAUCAGCGCCGUGGACAGAGAUAAACCACCCAGUGGACAUCACUUUUAUUUCUCCCUUGCUCCGGGGGCCGGUAAUAACCUUAACUUCACCGUGCAAGAUAACAGAGAUAAUACGGCGGCGAUCCUGACUCGGAGAGCGGGCUUCAGUCGGCACGAGCAAGCCGUUUACUUCCUGCCCGUGGUCAUUGUGGACAAUGGCGUGCCGCCGCUGAGCAGCACCAACACCCUCACCGUGCGCGUCUGCAGCUGCGACGACCACGGCGCUGCCCACUCGUGCAACACCGAGGCCUUUGCCCACCCUGCCGGCCUCAGCACUGGAGCUCUCAUCGCAAUCCUGGCGUGUGUGCUGACUCUCCUGGUGUUCGUGCUCCUCAUCGUGUCCCUGCGCAGACGGAAGAAGGGGUCGUUGGUGUUCGACGAAGAGAAAGACAUCAGGGAGAACAUCGUGCGCUUCCACUGUCCCUGGGGCCGUUCCAUAAAUUAACCACCCUCUGGGGGCGGUGAGGAGGACACUGAGGCCUUCGACAUGGCCGCUCUGAGGAACCUCAACUUCAUACAGGAGGUGAAAACCCGUCGGGAUGUGACGCCAGAGAUCAAGCUCCUCUCGAGGACGCCGCGCAAGACGUCCCCGGACAACGUCAUCUUCGGGGAGUUCAUCUGGGAGAGGAUGAAGAACGCGGACGGAGAUCCUGGGGCUCCUCCAUAUGACUCGCUACAGACCUACGCCUUCGAGGGCAACGACUCCGUGGCCGAGUCCCUCAGCUCCUUGGAGUCCAUCAGCUCCGCGUCAGACCAGAACUACGAUUACCUCAGUGACUGGGGUCCCCGUUUCAAAAAGCUAGCGGACAUGUACGGAAGCCCAAAACAAGGCGCAAACUCUUAAUUCCACCCGACUCAAAACAAUUGCACUGAUUUUGCUUUCUCGUCAGUUGCAGAACAGUCUUGGAGAGAAAAGGAAAUGUAAACAGAGAACCAUUUUUUAAAGAGUUUUUUUGCUUUGCCCCUUUUUAGGUGGUAACAAUAUCAUCUGAAUUACCAUGGAAAACAUUCAAUGCAACCAGGUCAUGAGCAGAGUUCGACGUUUCAUGAUGCGAAGAGAUGGAGUGGUCGCAGUUCUUUGCUGCAAACAUUGUCUCUUCUGAUUUGUGCAGGAGAGUUUAUCUUUUUCUUUAAUUUACUGUACGUUGAUAUAUUUAUAUUAAAGAUCCAAAACCCAUCCCUUUAAAUACAGGCGCUCCCUGACUUACGUAAGGGUAGCACGAUGGUGCAGCGGUGGAGUUGCUGCCUCACAUCCCCAGAGACCCUGGUUCAAUCCUGACUACAGUACAUUCUCCCUAUGACCUACGUGGGGUUUUCACCGCGUGCUCCGGUUUCCUCCCGCACUCCAAAGCCAUGCAGGUUUGUAGGUUAAUUGGUGUUGAUACAAUUGUAAAUUGUCCCUAGUGUGUAGGAUAAUGCUAGUGUACUUGGUGAUCACUGGUCGGUGCGGAAUCGGUGGGCUGAAGGGUCUGUUGCCACGCUGUAUCUCUAAAGUCUCAUAAUAGGCGCCUUAGUAAACUCGCCCUUACGUAAGCACUUCUUUAACCCACUGCUUUAUUUCCGAGUUGCGCAUCUCGGCAGCAAUGAGCUGCUGCUGUUGUUGCAUGUGGCCAUUUCCACAAGCCACUCAGCAGUUUUCAAGGAUGUGCUUCGUGGUCUCUGCUUCGGAGCUCCCCCUGUGGUCUCCACAUCAGAGUUCCCCCUGUGGUCUCCACAUCAGAGUUCCCCCCAUGAUCUCCACAUCAGAGCUCCCCCCGUGAUCUCCACAUCAGAGCUCCGCACCCCCGUGAUCUCCACAUCAGAGUUCCCCCCAUGAUCUCCACAUCAGAGCUCCCCCAUGAUCUCCACAUCAGAGCUCCGCCCCCUCAUGAUCUCCACAUCAGAGCUCCGCCCCCCCAUGAUCUCCACAUCAGAGCCCUGUGGUCUCCAUGCUGGAGCUCCCCCAUGAUCACUGCGUUGGAGCUUCCCCCUGUGGUCCAUGUAUCAGAGCUCCCCCAUGGUCUCCACGUCAGAGCUCCCACCUAGUCUCCCACUGGUAAUACACAGUAUGAACGGUGAACGUACAGGUGCACGGCAGCACUUCAGUUUCCGACCUAGGUAACAUCUGACUUAUGCAAGAUUCGGCGGGAGAUAACCUUUACGUGAGUGGGGGAGCGUCUGUUUUCCAGUCUUGGUGCUAGUUCACGCAGACGUGGAAUUCGGUUGGAGCACAUAUGGCCAGAAGAGACUCAAGGGGACAAAUGGCCUAAUUCCGUACCACAAAAUUCGACGAGGCUUCGGGAAUAAAUACGGGUUUUUGUUUCCCUCAACUACAGAAUGUAUGGAUGAAAUAAAGCAUGAAGGAAUCUAAUUAUAGUAAAUUAACAGAACAUUUCUCAUCUCCAUUAGACAUUUAAAAGUUACGAGGAAUUGUAUUUAAUCUGGAUAAUUACGCUUGGUGGUCGUUUGGCCGACAAAGGGAAGAAUAAUAGAAAUUGUUUCUCAAUGUCAGAGUUGAAAACCUCAUCGUAUGUCAUAAUCUGUGGGGUACAGUUUAGUAGACAAUCAUUACUCCAUGGUCCAAUAGAUUUUCGUCCAUUUGUAUAAAUACGAAUAAUUUAAAAAAUGGGUUUUGUAAUAGGAUAUUAUAAAAAGUGUCAUUAUGUUUGGUCAUACCUGUAUAGUUUUCAAUAAAAGAAUGGAAAUGAA